AUGAACAGAAGCUGCCAAGACAACUUUAGUGGUGAACCGUCACACUAUAAUAUGGACUUUAAUAUGUGGCAUGACUACUUCAAGCUAAGCAACCUCCUCCAGCCCCAACAGCCACACAAUCCAGACACUUCAGCAAGCAGCACAGGUAGCCUGAAUCUUUCAACUUUAGACCACAGAAGUUCAAGCACCAUCAACGAUGCUAAUACAGCGACUGAUGCUGUCGGUGGCACCACCAGCACGUCACAGCUUGAACAGACAGAGUGCCGAUUCUGCAAGCAAAACGGAGAGACGAUGGAAAUCUACAUGUCCCAUAGGCUAAAGGGAGACGAUGGUGUGGUGCUGUGCCCAAUCCUCCGGAGAUAUGUGUGCCCUUUCUGCAAAGCCACAGGAGAUCGGGCCCACACACGCAACUACUGUCCUUACAAAAAAUGGAAGAGUCCGAAGUCUUCUGGCAAAAAUAAGUGUGCAUUUUGA